AAAAAAGAUGGAGAAUGUUAGAAGAAAAUUACCAUACGAUAUUAGAUACAUAGAAGCCAAGCCCCAAUUCGUUGGAUAUAAAGCAACAAAUAGAUCAUUUCGGUCGGAAGCGGAUCCAUAGAUUCACAUAAUUUGUCUAAGCAGGGACUCAGAAUUCCUGCAGCUCACUUCACAUCUCUACAAGAUGAUGUUAGAUGAAGCACAAUAUUCUCCUUCAACACAGGAGCCUUUUAGCUCCAUCGACACUCUCGCAACCCCAAGAAAGAAGAAGAACAUGAACAAGAGAAGGUUCAGUGAUGAGCAAAUUAAAUCUUUGGAGUCUAUGUUUGAAUCCGAAUCAAGGCUUGAGGCUCGAAAGAAACUACAGCUAGCUAACGAGCUUGGCUUGCAGCCGAGACAGGUUGCAAUAUGGUUUCAGAAUAAGAGAGCUAGAUGGAAGUCCAAGCAGCUAGAAAGAGACUACAGUAUUCUACGAUCCAAUUACAAUAGCUUGUCUACCAGGUUUGAGUCUCUCAAGAAGGAGAAACAGGCGUUGGCAGUUCAGUUGCAGAAGCUAAAUGAUCUGAUGCAGAAGCCGAAAGAGGAAGGCGGGUGUUGUGUAGCUGUGAACAGCAAUGAAGGUGAAUCAGAAAAUAGAGACGCCACAAAGUGUGAUUCAGAAGAGAAGGCCAGCUUGUUAUAUGAAAGAUCAGCACAUGGACUGGGAGUUGUUUCAGAUGAAGAUAGUAAAAUAAAGGUUGAAUAUUUUGGAUUAGAGGAAGAACACAACCUUAUGAGCAUGGUGGAAAUGGAACCAGCUGAUGGAUCAUUGACAACAUCACAAGAAGACUGGGGGAGUUUAGACUCUGAUGGCCUUUUCGGUCAAUCAAACAGUUGUUGUCAGUGGUGGGAUUUCUGGGCUUGAGUUUAAUGGAAACGGGUAAGAGCAAAACAUGGAUCAAACUCGCAAAAAUAAUAUUUUCUGAUAAUUGAGAGAACAUCAAAGAGAAGAACAUUUCAGUAAAAUGCAUAGAUGGAAGAAAUGAUGAAUUUUGCGGGAUGCAAAUAGAAAUAACACAAAUGCAAAAGCUGCCAAUGAAGAUGAUCAUCCAUGCAUAAAAGUAGGAAGCUAACACAGACAUCUUGCACAAAUACGUACCUUCGGAUACACAAACUUGUGCUUUUUUAGCUACAACUUACAAGUUUUUGGUGUUACAUACCAUCUGCUAUAUAUUCAGUUGAGUGUGUUUGUAUGCGUUA